AGUUCUGACCAAACACAUGCACUUCAUUUCAUUCGGGCCUCCUUCUCCCUUCUACCUUCUCCCUUCUCGGUCCUUUCCUUCUGCUGAAAAGUGGAAAUCUUGGCAUUGAUGGCGGCGGAUUGCCUGAGAGCUCCUCUUCUGGGCUCGGAACGCUUCAGAGACGUAUCCGACGAGGCCGAAGUGAUCGUGGACAUAGAUGGUUCCGAUCGACCUACCAUUCAAAGCUUCUCCAAUUAUCGGAACAACAACCAUGGCGGUCACGGAGACCAUUUGGUGAGUCUUGAGGAUCAGAAUCCCUUCGAUUUCAUCGGUGCAGGAAGUUUGUCAGUGCCUUCGCCAUCAACGAUUGAUCCAUUUCGGAACAAUACGCCUAACAUCGAAGGGCUAUAUGAAUGGGUGAAGAUUUUGGUUUGUAUUCCGAUUGCGGUUGUGAGGCUUAUCUUAUUUGGGCUCUCUCUUGCGGUGGGAUACGUCGUCACUAUAUGUGCUCUACAUGGUUGGAAGGAUAGGGAGAAGCCCAUGCCCAGGUGGAGGGGUAGGCUCAUGUGGGUUACUCGCCUCUGUACUCGCUCUGUUCUCUUCUGUUUUGGACCUGCUCCACGGGCGACAGCUCCUAUUGUUGUAUCUAAUCAUGUAUCAUAUGUUGAACCUAUUUUCUUUUUCUACGAUUUAUUUCCAACCAUUGUUACUUCGGAGUCACAUGAUGCAAUACCCUUUGUUGGAACAAUUAUCAGAGCAAUGCAGGUUAUUUAUGUGAAUAGGUUCUCAGCAUCAUCAAGGAAGCGUGCUGUUAGCGAAAUAAAGAGAAAGGCUUCAUGUGAUGAUUAUCCUCGAGUUCUAUUGUUCCCUGAGGGUACCACGACGAAUGGGAGGGUCCUUAUUGCUUUCCAACUUGGUGCAUUUAUUCCUGGUUAUCCAAUCCAGCCGGUAGUUGUUCGCUAUCCACAUGUGCACUUUGAUCAGUCUUGGGGCUAUAUUUCCUUGGCAAAGCUCAUGUUCAGAAUGUUCACCCAAUUUCACAAUUUCAUGGAGGUUGAAUAUCUUCCCAUUGUUUUGCCUCUUGAGAACCAAAAAGAAAGUGCUGUCCAUUUUGCUGAAAGGACUAGCCGCUCAAUCGCAAGUGCACUCAAUGUUGUACAAACAUCUCAUUCUUAUGGGGAUUUGUUGCUUCUAACAAAAGCCUCACAGUCAAAGCAGGAGAAAGCUUCAACUUAUAUGGUAGAAAUGUCUAAGAUUGAAACUUCAUUCAACAUAAGCACAAUGGAAGCUGUGGAGUUUCUGGAUAAGUUCCUUUCUAUGAAUCCAGACCAUAGUGGGCGUGUCAAAAUCCAUGACUUCUUGAGGGUUCUAAGGCUGAGGGCAUGUCCUCUUUCUGAGAAGAUCUUUGGAUAUCUGGAUGUGGAAAAGCAGGGAUCGGUUACAUUUAGACAGUUCUUUUUCGGAUCAGCUCAUAUCCUGAAGCAGCCAUUAUUCUCGCAAACCUGUGAAUCAGCUUUCACCGAAUGUGAUGGCAGAGGAUGUAAUUAUGUAUCACAACAACAGUUGCAAGAUAUUCUCAAGCUAGCAAUGCCAGAUGCGAGUGAAGAGGAGGUUGGAGGAUUGUUCAAUAUUUUUGAUACUGAUGGUGAUGGAAGGAUUAGUAAAGAUGAUUUCAUGACUUGCUUAAGAAGAAACCCAUUGCUAAUAGCAUUUUUUGGUCGUGGUUCGGCAUCUAGGUAGGAGCCUGUUAUGUAAAGAUGGUAAUCUUGAGCUCAUGUGACUGUUGAUGGCAAUGGUUUGGUCCCAAAAUUGCGAAGUGGUUGUUAUUAGAGCAUGUAUUUAGCUUCCCACUCCCUUUUUUUCCCUUGGGGUUGGGGGGGCUGGGAUGUGUUUUGUUUUGGGGCUACCGGAAUUCUUGUGUUAUUUAUUUAUUUUCAAAGAGAUUUAUUUAAACUCUGUAAGAAAGCAUGCGACAAUUUGGAUCUUUACAUAUAUAUAUUUAUAUUUUUUCAUUUACAUUAAAA